GUCCGAGCGUCGGGGUGCCGACCACAGUGGGUGCCGUGGUGUGGGUGGCUCCAAUGCUGCUGCUUGAAAAAAGUCCCGUCCCAAGCUCGCCGCAGGCUUCAUUCACCGCAAAGACAGCCAACUCCACCCCAAUUUUUACCUUGCGCUGUCAUUUCAAUAGCCACAACAUACCCCAAUUUCAGUUGGAUCAACGGUCAACAUGACGACUGACUGGAGCAAGCUUACAGUCGUUGACCUACGUCAAGAGCUCAAGCGCCGCGGGCUCUCCCAGGCCGGUAAGAAGGCCGACCUUGUCGAACGCUUGACUGUCGACGACCAGGAGGCCCAGACAUCGCAGCAAGAAGGAGACGCACCCCCAGAGGCGGAGCAGGAGGAUGACAAGGAACAGGACAAGGAACAGGAUCAGGAAGCAGAGGCCACCGACGCACCUGUUGAGACUGCACCCGAAGAUGAGGCCACAAAGAGCUCCGGCAGCCCUGCCCCGUCGCCGGUGAAAGCUCCUUCGCAAGAACCUCAGCCCGAAGCUGCCUCUGACACCCCAGCUCCUGAGUCAGUUGCUCCCGAAGAGAAGUCAACCAUUGCGCAAGACGCCACACAAACAGAACCGGACGUCAAACAAGAGGAAUCAAGCGAGCCGACAAGAGAGUCCGCCGCAGAAUCUGCGCCCGAAGCAAACAAUGUUCCUGCGACCAAAGACGACACAACUGAAGAAAAGGAAGAGAAGGUCGAAGAGAGCGUAUCUACCGAACCUGCACCCGUGGCUCCUGAACUCACUAGCGAUACACCUAGCAGAAAGCGCAGAUCUCGCAGUCCCCCUCCUGAGGAAGAAACGUCUAGGAAGCGUGCGCGCCCUACCGAGCAAGAAGACGAAGAUACGCGCAUGAGUGGGCUUGAAAGUCAACCCGGCGAAACAGUGCUACCCCUCGAUGACGAGCAGGGCGGGAAAGACGCUUCCUACGCCACUAUCCACCCCGAGAUUCCCCAGGUAGCCGACUCAGAGAAGGUUUCUGAGAUGCACGAAGCACCACAGCACCGCGAAGCUUCCGAACCGCGCGAUUCGAACUAUCGUGACCAAGAGGAGGAGUCCCGCGACCGUGUAAAGACCGAGGCCGACCUCAAGCAAGAAUCCCCCGAACGGGCAGCGUACGACCGGAGCGCUGUAAAGUACGAGGCCGAUAUGGAUAUUGACGAGCGAGACGUUGCCCCCUCCGAACACCCCGCCACCCAAGCGCUAUACAUCAAGAACUUCAUGAGACCGCUCCGCCCUCACAUUCUCCGUGAAUACCUCGAAGAGCUCGCCGCGCCCCCGGGCAGCCUGCCGGAUCCAGACUCCAUCAAGGAUUUCUAUCUCGAUCAAAUACGCACCCACGCUUUCGUCAGCUUCACCUCCGUCGCGGCUGCCUCGCGCGUUCGUGUCGCUCUCCACGGAAAGAUUUGGCCUAAUGAGCGGAAUCGCAAGGAGCUGUGGGUAGAUUUCAUCCCUCCCGACCGGGUGAACGAGUGGGCGGAGACGGAGCAAUCCGAAGGCGGUCGCGGCAAUCUCGCCCGGUGGGAAGUCCGCUACGAACGUGACGAAGAGGACGGCAACAUUACCACCCGUCUCGUUAACGCCGAGCUCGAGCCGGCGCCAGCGGCUGUGGCCGCUGCUGCUUCUGCUACCCGCGGAUCAGUAUCCUCAACAGCCCGCGAGCCCCUUCCCCCUCCAGUCAUCCCCUCCGGUCCCGCUGCCGGCCGGCAACAUCCCGGCAUUGAAGGCGCGCCCUCGGGCCCCCGUGGCCGUGGCGGCCGCGUGCCCCAGCCCGCACUCACGGGCGACGAGAUGAAGGCGACCCGCACCCACCCUUCGCUGCUCUACAGGCCCGUUAACGCCGAGCUCGCAGAGCGCCGUCUGCAAAACAUGCGGUCGUUCUACACCCGCGACCGGCACCGCGACAUGGGCCGCGAGGACGAGAUCAACCGGUACACAUUCGAGGACAACGAUUCGUUUGUCGAUCGCGGAAAGGAGGUGUUUGUCGGGAUCAGGCCGCCACAUCGUGAGGCGGAGCGUCGCCGUGGUCGUAUGGGCGGUGGUGGUGGUGGUGGUGACGGCGGUCGUGGCGGGCCGCCUCCCCCUCCAUUUGGCCGGUCCCGUGGUGGUGAUAGGUACCUGCCCGGUGGUGGUUCAGGAGGAGGACGCGAUGAGCCGCCUCCGAGGAGGGGCGGUGGUGGCGGUGGAGAUGAACCUAGGUCGAGAUUCGACGGCGCGCCAUUGCCUACGUUUGAGGGUGGUCCUCCUAGGAGACGGAGACGCGGCCAUGGUGGUGGUGGUGGUGGUGGUGGUGGUGGUGGAGGAGGCGGCGGCGGCGGUGGGUUCCGUGGUGAUCGAUACUAGAGGGAUCGAUACUAGAGGGCCUCCCUACCUACCUGCUAUCCAGUCCCCUGUCUUUCGCCCUGUCUUUAAGGAAGAAGAAGAAGAAAAAAGGAGCGGCGUCUGGGACGACGCUCGGCAGUUAAUAAGUUCCAGUACAGAAGACAGUAUUGUGGUUCACAGAAGUUGUCUUUCUGAUAGUCUUUC